AUGCAUUUGAAAACUCUCUCGAAUCUUCUCGUUUUUGUGGCGACGGUUGCGGCCCAUGGAUAUGUGGACAAUGUGACGAUUAAUGGGAUUCUCUAUACUGCAAGGUUUUCAAAUCCUUACUAUGCUACACCACCCCCACGUAUCAUUCGUCCUGUUCAGGGCAAUGGUCCCAUCACUGAUCUUACGCUUAUUGAUCUUCAAUGUGGUGGUUAUACCGAAGGAGGUAUUGUUGGUUCUAAACCUGCGAAUUUGACUGCGGGUCCGGUUGCGGCUGGGAGUACGGUUAGUUUGAGAUGGACCCUGUGGCCGGAUAGUCAUUCCGGUCCAGUAAUUACUUACAUGGCGAAAUGUCCCGCUGCAGGAUGUAGUAACUAUCUCCCAGGCACUGACGCCGUUUGGUUUAAAAUCCAAGCCACCGGACGCAUCGGCAACACCACUGUCUGGGGCGACACGCCCCUCAAGACCGCCGGAAAUUCUUACUCUUACACUAUCCCCUCCUGUCUCUCUGCUGGCUCAUAUAUUGUUCGUCAUGAAAUUCUUGCGUUGCAUGCCGCGUGGACAUAUCCAGGUGUACAAUUCUACCCAAGUUGUCAUCAGAUACAAGUUACGGGGAGUGGAACAAGUACGGGUCCUAGUAUCAAGGUUGCUAUCCCAGGUGUUUAUAAGGCGACAGAUCCCGGAAUUGUUUAUGAUAUGUAUGCAGUUCAGCCAUAUACGAUUCCGGGACCGGCAGUGUUUACUUGCUAG